CAGACCGCCAUUUGAACCCAAUUUGUCUACAAAAAAGUUGGAAAAAGCCAAAAAAGGAAAAAGUAAAAAAAUAAAAGAAAAUGAAAGCAAACAAUUUCUACUACUUGUGUACUCUUCUUCUUGUUGCUUUAGCAAAGUGACAAAGAAUCACUCUUUCAUGGCCAUGCCUAAGCGCGUGUACCAAUCUUGGAAGGCCAACAACAAAUUCUUGCUUGGCGGGAGGCUGAUAUUUGGACCAGAUGCUAAAUCAUUGAUUAUAACCUUCACGCUUAUCCUUGUCCCUGUUGUUAUAUUUUGUGUGUUUGUGGCAAGAAAUCUCGUGCAUGAACUCCAGCCAGGAAGUGCAGGAUAUGCAAUUUUGGUGAUAGCUAUUGUCUUCACAAUUUAUGUCUUCUUACUUCUACUCUCAACUUCAGCAAAGGAUCCUGGAAUUGUCCCUCGUAAUUCUCAUCCUCCAGAGGAAGUACCAGGGUAUGAAUCCUCAGUUUCUGUUGAAGCUGGCACUAGACCUUUGCCUCGCACCAAAGAAGUCCUUGUGAAUUGUUUGCCUGUGCGAGUUAAAUAUUGCGAAACAUGCAUGUUGUACCGUCCACCAAGAUGCUCUCAUUGCUCAGUAUGUGAUAAUUGUGUGGAGCGAUUUGAUCACCAUUGCCCUUGGGUGGGUCAAUGCAUUGGGAAGCGGAACUAUCGUUGCUUCUUUCUCUUUGUUUCUUCAACAGCCCUCCUUUGUGUUUUCGUCUUUUCCAUAUCAACUCUGUAUCUGAAACUUCUUAUGGAUGACUCUGGAACUAUUUGGAAAGCUAUGAAAGAAUCACCAACAUCUGUGGCAUUAAUGGCCUAUUGUUUUGUUGCACUGUGGUUUGUUGGAGGUCUAACUGGCUUCCAUUUGUAUCUCAUAGGUUCAAAUCAGACCACAUAUGAGAACUUUCGUUACAGGGGAGAUAACAGGAACAGUGUGUAUAACCGGGGAUGCAUCAACAAUUUUCUUGAGGUAUUCUGCUCAAAGAUAGAACCUUCAAAAAUCAAUUUCCGUGGAUAUGUACAGGACGAGGCAUCAAAGCCUCCUAAGAGUAACAUUCAUGAAACAGAAAUAGAUAUCUCUGAUGGGGAUACACGAAUUAGGGUGGAAGACGAUCUUGAUAUUGGAGAUGAUAUCAUGAAGAUAUCCCAACGACGUAACUCUGAGGAAGGUGGUGAUGUUAGAGGUAGAGGAAGUGACAGGUCGCCCAUUGGUCGUUCUGAGGUUGACUUUGGAUUUGGUUUGGAGUCUCAUUUUACCUCUAGACCCUCAUACUAGCCGGGGCAGUUCAAGUGAAAACGAAACUAAAUUCAAUAUCACCAAUUUUUUCAACGAUUCCUACUUCCUUCUGCUGGCAUUAUUUGGAGCACUCAGAAGGACGUUCAACUGAUCAUUUAUUGAGAUCUAAAAAUGUAACACGAUACUUAUCGCUAGCCAUGAACGUGCACUGGUGUUCUCUUUCUCAGGUUUCUCUCCUCUCCCUGUUCUCGUGAAGAUAUGAUGAAAUGACAUCUUUGUUGGAGAGAAUGGAUGAUCGUUUUUACUAUCGUCUGCUGGUUAUAAGCGAUUCUUGGAAAAACUAUAGCUAUAUAUCAAAGGCUGGUUAAAUUCUGUACUAUGUAUCUAUCUCCUCUGGAAUUUGACAAUGUGUACAUCUUUUCUUGUGGUUUAAGGUGCUUUUCUGAAAAUUAAGUUAAUGGAUUUUCUGUC